AUGGAUAUUCCUCUGCCUUGCAAGUUUAGGACGCCAAGUGUGGAAAGGAAUGAUGACUUUUCUGAUUUUAUUGAUCGCCUGGACACCUUUAGAGUGCUGAUGCAAUUGCAAGGCGCACCAGAUGCAAUCAUGUGUCGAGCAUUUGCAGCCAACCUAAAAAGGGAUUCCAAGGCAUGGUACCGAACUUUAAAGCCUGACUCCAUCAGAUCCUUAUCUGAAAUGGAGCUGCAACUUAUAGGGCGUUUUGCCAGCAACCAAAAAAUAGCGAAAACCUUGGCUCAUCUAAUGAGUCAAAAGGAGACACUAAAAGAUUUCAUACAUCACUUUGUCAACGCCACCUUAGAAAUUCUAAACUUGGGUUAUGGGGUGGCAGUAGUGGCUUUGACGACAACUUUUCAGCUAGGGGACUUCCUAAAUUUUCUAGGGAAGAAACCCCUGGUCAACAUGGGAGGGCUGAUGAUGUGA